CGGAAACAGGCGGCGGGCGGGAGGACUGGCGGUGGUCGUAGUGAAAGGAAGGGGCCGUCUGCUCCCCGGUGCGGCGGGCGAUGGAAGGGACUGUGCUGAGCCCGGUACCCGCUGCAAGCGCUGUGACUUGGUGUGUAGAGGACGUGCAGCCCCAGGAGACGCAGUUGCAAUCUUGUGAAAAGUGUUCUGUCAGAACCACGUGCCACCCUGCUCUCCCUCCCCCGUAGUUUACUUCUAAAAGCUUUGUGCUUCGUUCGGAAGGUUUUACUUAAGCGUUUUGGAUGCCACUCUGGGGAAGCCUGUAGAUUUUCGUUCUGAGUCCGGUUUUAAAUGGGUAAAAUAAAUAGGAUCCCAUAGGAAACCUACUGUAUUGAGGCAGUUAUCUAUAUGUAUAAACUCCAAGUUUAUGAUAUGGUGAGAUAUGUAUCUGUUUUAGAGUUAACGUUCUUAAGAUCUAGGGGGGAGUUUAGUAACUAACUCCUGGAAUUUUGAAGUAAUUAUGAGUCUUACACGUAUCUUCGACACCUCUAAAGUAAAGACGAAAAUAUUUAAUCUCUGGUUGAAGUCGCAGGUAUGGCUAAUAUUAUAAUGGUUUAUUGCCAAGUGUCGUAAUUAAAGAAUAUGCUAAAUUUCAGUCACGGGAUAGUGAAAACAAAUAUGUAACUUUUUUUCCCCUGCUCAUGAAGAGUCCAUGCUUCAGAGUGAGAGUGAUGUUAUUUUCACACCUGGAUUAAUCCUCUUUUAAAGAUGCCCUAGAGUUUUGGGCUUCGACCCUGUACUUGUUUAAAGCAGAAUUAAGGACAGCCUUUGAGUGUGACUGUUAUUGCAAAGGUAUCUACUUUUUAUAAUUAGCAACAUGUGGCAACAUAAACAUUAGAAUUCAUGAAAGAAACUUACAAAUUUUGGAGAUUUCUGCUCCAUCACCACAGUAUUAAGAUUUUUGCCAGUUUCUGGAUUUAUACUGAUUUACUGAUUUAUCUCAUUUUUAACAUAUGUUUCAGAACUGUGGAACCUCUGGAGUAUUACAGGAGAUUUUUGAAAGAGAACUGUCGUCCUGAUGGAAGAGAACUUGGUGAAUUCAGAACCACAACUGUCAACGUAGGUUCAAUUGGUACUGCAGAUGGUUCUGCUCUAGUGAAGCUGGGAAAUACUACAGUAAUUUGUGGAAUUAAAGCGGAAUUUGGAGCACCACCAACAGAUGCCCCUGAUAAAGGAUAUGUUGUUCCUAAUGUGGAUCUAUCACCUCUGUGUUCCUGGAGAUUUCGGUCUGGACCUCCUGGAGAAGAGGCCCAAGUGGCCAGCCAGUUCAUUGCAGAUGUCAUUGAAAACUCACAGAUAAUUCAUAAAGAGGACUUAUGCAUCUGUCCAGGAAAGCUUGCUUGGGUUCUAUACUGUGAUCUCAUUUGCCUCAACCAUGAUGGAAACAUUUUGGAUGCUUGUACCUUUGCUUUGUUAGCAGCUUUAAAAAAUGUACAGUUGCCUGAAGUUACUAUAAAUGAAGAAACUGCUUUAGCAGAAGUUAAUUUAAAGAAAAAAAGUUAUUUGAAUAUUAGAACUCACCCAGUUGCAACUUCCUUUGCUGUGUUUGAUGACACUCUGCUUAUAGUUGACCCUACUGAAGAGGAGGAACAUCUGGCAACUGGAACCUUAACAGUAGUAAUGGAUGAGGAAGGCAAGCUAUGUUGUCUUCAUAAACCAGGCACGCACUUGCUUCCACUGCAGUACUAAACACGUAGAUGAAAACUCAGCAUGGGUGGGCCAAAUGUGGAAGUGGACUGACUGGAGCUAAACUUCAAGACUGUAUGAGCCGAGCAGUUACAAGACACAAAGAAGUAAAAAAACUGAUGGAUGAAGUAUUGAAGAGUAUGAAACCCAAAUAAAC